AUGUAUAAAACCAAGGCCAAGCCAAAUAAGAAGGAUGUUGCCCAGCUCCUAGACCUUGAAUUCCAGGCAAGACUGGCCUUCAUUGACUCCGAUGUGACUAAGGAGCAGGACAGGCCUGUCAAGAUCCUUGAGGCAUAUCCCUGCUUUGGAGAUUUGAACCAUUUCAGAGACAGCCGAGUGCUGGACCGUCCUCGGCCUCUGGACCGUUCUCGGCUCCUGGACCGUCCUCGGCCUCUGGACCGUCCUCUGCUGCUGGACCGUCCUCUGCUGCUGGACCGUCCUCUGCUGCUGGACCGUCCUCUGCUGCUGGACCGUCCUCUGCUGCUGGUUCUUCCUCUGCUGCCGGUCGUUCCCCUGCUGCUGCACCUACAGGUCCACAAAGGAAGAGAGCCAAGAAGCGCACCACCCAGGACACCUCCGCCCAAGAGCUAUCGCGCUUGGAGCUGGAGCUGA